AUGUCAGAUUACGAACCAAUUGAAGGUACGAAGACCCCUUUAUCAUUCAGAAGAAGUAAAAAACUAAUCUUAACGCUUCUUCUUGCCGUAUCAACUGUCAUCGGGAUCAGUACACUUGCAAUCAGAGCAACUCACCAUAGGCAGCAAACGUGUUCCAAUUGCGGGAAGUAUCAACCUAUUGAACCAGCAUUUAACAAGUCGUUGGAUGAAAUAUUAUAUGACAAGGACUACAAAAAAUCGCUAGUAGACAAGCUUACGGGAGCUAUCAGGAUACCAACCGAAGUUUUCGACAACACACCAGCACCUUCAGUGGAUAUUAAGCCAUGGAAACAUUUUCUAGAGUUGCAUGACUACUUGCAAGAACAAUUUCCUGUUGUGUACGAAAACGUGAAGGUAGAGAAGAUUGAUCAAAUUGGCCUACUCUAUACGUGGGAGGGCUCUGAAAAGUCUUUGAAGCCAUUGAUUUUGAUGGCUCAUCAGGAUGUAGUCCCUGUUGAUCCUCAGACGUUGGAUUCUUGGUCUCAUCCACCAUACGAAGGGUUUUACGAUGAGGAGACAGAUGUUAUAUAUGGCCGAGGAAGCGCCGACAUCAAGUCCUUGGUAAUUACUCACCUUGAAACGGUGGAAAAACUUAUCAAAGAUGGCUUUCAACCAAAAAGGACCGUUCUUAUUUCCUUAGGUUGCGAUGAAGAGGCUGCUGGAGCUUGUGCAGCUAAAAUCUCACAACACAUAUAUGAUCGUUACGGCCCAGACAGUAUCUACGCCAUUCUAGAUGAGGGCGGAAGCGUUGCCGAACUCCCUGGCGGUGAAUUUUUGGGUGUUCCAGUCAGCACUGAGAAAGGCUACUUGGACGCAGAAAUUACUUUAUUUACUCCAGGCGGCCAUUCGUCUGUGCCACCGGACCACACCUCAAUUGGCAUUCUCAGCGAGCUAAUUGUGGAAUUGGAAGGUGAUCGCUACGAAAUCUUUGUUGGAGAAGAUAACCCAGCAUUAAAUGCAUUGCAGUGUUUUUUGGAAAAUACUCCAAACGAUAGUCAUCGGUUGAGAGAUUUGAUAAGUAGCGGCAACCUAAAAAAAGCUGCUGAAGAGCUGGAUAAAAUACCUGAAUUCAAAUAUCUCUUCAAGACGUCGCAAGCCAUCGAUAUGAUUAGCGGUGGAAUUAAGGCUAAUGCUUUGCCUGAAUCGGUAACAGUAUUGGUAAACAAUCGUAUUGCGAUUCAUUCGUCUGUCAAUGAGACUCUUAAUCAUAUUUUGAGACAUGUAAAAGAAAAAGCAGACAAAUUUGAACUUGGCAUAGAGAUCGUCAAUGGAAGAGCAUCGGAGGCUCAAAACGCUACUGUCAUCAAGCCAGAAACACCCAACGGCCACUUUGUCGUUAGAUUGAUUGAUCCAUUGGAACCUGCUCCGUUAUCGUCUAGCUCUAAUGAAGUCUGGGAUAUCAUGGCCGGAACUACAGUUAACACUUAUCAGCAGAAGCUUUUCUCGAAUGGCUCAAAUGUUUACGUCACACCUGCCUUAGGCACUGGUAAUACUGACACCAAAUCUUACUGGGCUUUGACUAAGAACAUUUACAGAUACUCUGGUGCCCUCUUGGUGGAGGAUUCUCGGGAACACACGGUAGACGAGAAGACCACCGGAAAAUCGGUGAUUUCCGGCGUCGCGUUUAUGUACCAAUUCAUUGUCAACGUUGACAAGUAUGCCAAAGGAACCUAA